AUGAACCCCCUCAUGACCCUGCUCUGUCUGGGGCUGAGUGUGGGUGCCAGGACCCCAAUGCAGGCAGGGUCCCUGCCCAGACCCACCUUCUGGGCUGAACCAGGCUCUGUGAUGCCACUGUGGAGCUCCGUGACCUUCUGGUGUCAGGGAGCCCCGGGAGCCCAGAAAUAUGUCAUUAAAGGAUACGGACAUACAGGUGUCAGUCAUACAGUUCUGCCACUGGAAUCUGGUGACAAGGUCAAGUUUCCCAUGAACAUCACAGGUUUCAGCUAUGCAGCGAGGUAUACCUGUGUCUCCCUGGAGUGUGGGUGUGACCCAGAAAUCCUGUCUUCCAUACUAGGAGCCUACAACAAACCCUUCCUCUCCAUCCUGUCAAACCCUGUCGUGACGUCGGGGAGUAACGUGACCCUCCAGUGUCACUCACAGAAGAAAUUCAAAGGUUUUGCUCUGACUCAGGAGGGAGAACCUGGGCCCUCCCAGACCCUAGACUCACAGCCACACCCCAGUGGGACGUUCCAUGCCCUGUUCUCUGUGGGCCCCCUAAACCCUGGACACAGCUGGACCUUCAGGUGUUAUGGCUAUAUGCACUAUGAUCAGGUGUGGUCUCAGCCCAGCAACCCCCUGCAGCUUCUGGUCUCAGACCCUCCCGAGUCACCCGCCCACCACCAGGACUACACGGUGGGGAAUGUUGGCCGGAUGCUCGUGGGCGCUGUGGUCUUGCUGCUCCUCGGGAUUCUGCUCGUCGAGGCUCAUCUCAGCCAAGGAAGGUUGUGGGGUCCUUCAACAAAGGAGGGACAGGAGUUUGAGGAGGCGGAGCAUUGGGGCCCGGAUGACCACGGAGGGGCCCAGAAGUAUGUCCUUGAAGGACAUGGAAAUGAUGGUGUCUUAGGUAUAGAACUGCCACUGGAAUCUGGUGACAAGGUCAAGUUUCCCAUGAACAUCACAGGUUUCAGCUAUGCAGCGAGGUAUACCUGUGAGCAGUGCGGCCUCUCGGGAUGCUCAGAAAAAAGCAACCCCCUGCAGCUGAUAGUCACAGGAGCCUACAACAAACCCUUCCUCUCCAUCCUGUCAAACCCUGUCUUGACGUCGGGGAGUAACGUGACCCUCCAGUGUCACUCACAGAAGAAAUUCAAAGGUUUUGCUCUGACUCAGGAGGGAGAACCUGGGCCCUCCCAGACCCUAGACUCACAGCCACACCCCAAUGGGACGUUCCACGCCCUGUUCUCUGUGGGUCCCCUGAGCCCUGGAUACAGCUGGACCUUCAGGUGUUAUGGCUAUAUGAACAAAGAUCAGGUGUGGUCUCAGCCCAGCAACCCCCUGCAGCUCCUGAUCUCAGACCCUCCUCGGUUACCCGCCCACCACCAGGACUACACGGUGGGGAAUGUUGGCCGGAUGCUCGUGGGUGCUGUGGUCCUGCUGCUCCUCGGGAUUCUGCUCGUCGAGGCUCAUCUCAGCCAGAGAAGAGCUGAGAGCGUGAAGCUGUCUGCGGGACUGGACGGAAAGGGGCCUGGAGCCCUGUGA